AUGGAGACUAGCGGCGCGGCCGCCGCCGGCGAGGUGGGCUGGUACGUGCUCGGUCCGGACCAGCAGGGCGUUGGCCCCUACGCGCUUGUGGAGCUGCGAGAGCAUUUUUCAAACGCUUACCUCAACGAGGGCACAAUGCUGUGGGCACAAGGGAGGAAGGAAUGGAUGCCGCUCUCGUCGAUCCCUGAGUUACAUUCUAUAGUCACAGCAGCAAAGGAUCAAUCUGGACAAGCUGCUGCUCCGGAUGUCGAUGAUGAUUUCGCGAAAUUCCAAAAGGAGGUUACCGAGGCCGAGAAGGAAGUGAAAGGCAGCGCUGAAGAUGGUGAUGUGGGCCCGCAGGAUGAUGAGCAGCCAGCAACCCCACCGGAUGGAGAGGAGGAAUUUACUGACGAUGAUGGCACCAUUUACAAGUGGGACCGUACUCUGAGGGCAUGGGUUCCUCAAAAUGAUGUAUCAGGUAAAAAGGACGGUUAUGCUGUUGAAGAGAUGACAUUUGCACUUGAGGAAGAAGUAUUUCAGGCACCAGAUAUCCCUGACCCAUCUGCAUUAAAAGAAAUCAACAUUCCAGUGGAAAGCAAAAACAAAGAAUCUGAUAAAGCAGAAAAGAAAGGAGAAAAGAAACGGAAAUCUUCUGAGAAGCCAGCUGAAAAAAAAGAAGCUAACAAACCUCCAGACAGUUGGUUUGAUCUCAAAGUCAACACACAUGUCUAUGUAACUGGUUUGCCUGAUGAUGUCACAGUAGAGGAGAUUGUGGAGGUAUUUUCCAAGUGUGGAAUAAUAAAGGAGGACCCGGAGACUAAAAAGCCUCGGGUGAAGAUCUAUAUUGACAAGGAAACUGGGAGGAAAAAGGGUGAUGCCUUGGUGACAUAUUUCAAGGAGCCUUCUGUAGCUUUAGCAGUUCAAUUGUUGGAUGGGACAUCAUUCCGUCCUGGUGGUAAGACUCUGAUGUCUAUAAGUCCAGCCAGAUUUCAGCAGAAAGGUGAUGUUUUCAUUGCAAAGAAAACUGACAAGCAAAAGAAAAGGAAGAUCAGAAAGGUUGAAGACAAAAUGCUUGGAUGGGGUGGACAUGACGAUAAGAAGGUGAUGAUUCCUACUACAGUAAUUUUACGGCACAUGUUCACUCCUGCUGAGUUGAGAGCUGAUGAAGACCUUCUUUCUGAGCUUGAGGUAGAUGUUAGAGAGGAAUGUGCCAAGUUUGGUCCAGUGGAUAAUGUCAAGGUCUGUGAAAAUCACCCACAGGGUGUCAUACUGGUGAAAUUCAAAGACCGGAAAGAUGGCGCCAAAUGCAUAGAGAAGAUGAAUGGAAGAUGGUUUGGUGGGCGGCAAAUCCAUGCAAGCGAAGAUGAUGGUUCCAUUAACCACUCUCUUAUCCGUGAUUAUGAUGCGGAGGUGUCAAGACUUGAUCGAUUUGGAGAGGAGUUAGAAGAGUCCACCUUCCGCCGAAGGGAGCCUGACCUGAAUACGGCUGUCAUUGUCAAGAUGUACUGUAGGAUUCAAUCAGCGUAUGUUUUGCUUCAUGACGCAAAUCAUGCUGUCUUUUCUUUUCGUUUAGUACAACUCAAUGGAAAGUUCGUGCAGUCCAUCUGCAACACCACCGUCGUGGACCGCGUGCACGUGGCCUACUGCUACGACGCGCUAGUCGAGGGGCGGGAGAGCUUCAAGGGCAGCCACGUCAAGGUCGUCGGCGCGGCCAUCAGCCGCAUGGUCAAGGACCUGGGCGCGGCCUCCGCCGAGCUGCGCAAGUUCAAGGCCACCGACCCGGCGGGUGCCCAGUACGAGAUGGCGCCCUGCAUCGCCGUGGGCGAGGAGGCCGUCCGUGACGCCGGGGGUCGCCAAGCUCAGGAGCCUCGAGGCCGCCGGCGACGACGGGAUCGCCCCGCAGGACCUGGACGCGCUGGCGCAGUGGAUGGACAAGUUCGUCGUCGGCGUCAAGCGGGCGUGCGUCAGGGACGCGAUCUACGUGAACCCGAGCAGCGAUUAUUAUAUAUAUUACCAAAAUGUUGUAGGUACAACAUGUUACCCUUGUCCAAGCUAAUCUGUGAUAUAUAUACCAUAUACCAUGACAAGUGUUGUUGUUGCUCUGAGUUACUUGGUUUUGUGGUUUUGUCGGUCUUCAAUUUCGUCAUUUUGUAA